GCUUCCCUAUCCCGGUUUCAGGGUAAACGUAAGCCGAUUUUCAGGGGGUUUUAGGGCGGAGCUUGUCAGAAGUUGUGAAGUGGAAGAAUGAAUCAGCGCCAUCUAGUGAUAAGACGUUGAAUACUUUCGGCGGCCAUUUUUGUGUAAUAUGUGAAUACGGCGGCCAUCAUCGUGUAUUACGUGAAUGAAGCCUAACCAUAAUUUCUGUAAAAAUGGUUGGCAGGUGUGCUGUUCCUGGUUGUAAAACAACAUAUUACAAAGGAAAUCAAAAAGAAAAUGAUGUUACUUUGUUUGCAGUUCCUAAAACUUCAUUAUCAAAAUGGCAAGAACUAAUUCCAUGUAGCAAUUUGACGAGCACCUCACGUAUUUGCUCCCGUCAUUUUGACGAAAGUGACUUUAAAUCAGGGAUUGAAAUUUUUAACGUGUUCCAUCCUUUCCAACGUAGGCAUCUUAAUGCUGGAGCAAUUCCCAAACAUUUUCUCAUAAAUGAUACAAUCUAGCCGACAAGCAAUGCAAAAUGUUGAUGGUUUUAAAUGGAGAAAUAACCUUAAUGUGGAAGCAAAUGCUAGCAAUGCAUCAGUAAGGAAACGACCAAAAGUAGACAAACCACCUACUACGUCAAAGAGAAAAAAAGUUGACAGUACAGCACCCUCCAUGGAAGUUACCUCUACUAUUCAAGAAACAAUCGACAUUCACCAGGCUGCUGAAGAAGGAAUUGUUGAUCCACUUCCUGAUUCAAUCAAAGAAAAUCUUGCUGUUGUCAUUGAAGAUACGACAGUUGCAUCGCCUUCUAUGGAAGCUACCUCUACUAUUCAAGAAUCAAUGGACAUUCCCCAGGCUGCUGAAGAAGCUAUUUUUGAUCCACUUCCUGAUGUAAUGAACAAAAAUGUUGCUGUUGUCAUUGAAGAUUCGACAGUUACAUCACCUUCUAUGGAAGCAAGCUCUACUAAUUUCAAGUCUAAUUUUGUGACAUUUCAGUCACUAGUAACUUUAUCAAUGAUACCAAAGAAUUGGAUAUGGUCUUUUGAUCAAAUCAAACAAAUGAUUUAUUGCAUUUCGAUGGAUCAACUACCAAAUGGAAAUUAUAAUGUGAAAAGUGUACAUUUUCAAAACAAACAAGAAGUAAUGUAUUAUGUCAACAGAAAGAACAUUCCAUCAAGCACUACUGCUUUGUCAAACCAUUUCACAACAGUUGAAAAUAUAACGCAAUUGAUAAAGGAUUUCAACGAUCGAAAAAUUUGUUCAUGCAUUCCUCAUUAAAGGUUCAUAAAUAUUAA